AUGUCCGGAACUGGGUUGCCAUUCAUUACGACCACCGUGUGCGCCGCCGCCGAGGGCGCGACCACCGCUGAUGUGUACUGGGGCGGUUCCGUCACCUGGGGUUCCGACUUCUCUGCGGGAACCGCGUCUGGGGCCGCCGACCUGAUCCCGCGUCGUUUGGCGUCCCACGUUGCUGCCAAGGGGGUGUCGUACAGCAUGGCACUCACGGCGAAGCCGGUCGAUGCCGCGGACCAGACGGCCUCGGCGGCCAUCAUGGCAACCGCCACUGCGAACGUCAACUCUAACCUCGCCACUGCGGUUUCGUCCAAGGUUGCGACCGAACUCGCCACUUUGCCGGGGAACUACACCAUCAACGCGCCCACUGUCGUAUCCAGUGCAAAUAUGUCUGUCGCACUGUGGAAGAGUGGGAGUUGUGAUGCUGCAAUUUCAAAAAAAAAAAUUGUAAUUGCCUGAGCAGUGAGAAUGGCCUAGUUUUUGCUACGCGCAGGGCGGAAUAAUACAUCACAGACAUCGCGGGCCAUCGAAAAGGUGUAUGGCAAACGUCUGCCCUUUUCCAGAUGCAGACCUAUUUGCAAUGCAUACGCCUCUGUCGCCGCGGUCACCGGUCUCCCGUCCGCCACCGCCGCGUCGUCCGCCACCGGCCUGGCCACCGGCGUCGCCGCUGCCUUUAUCCUGUGUAAAAACGUCCCCACCGCCCCGUAGUCAAGAUGGAAAAUCGGCUAGACAAGAUGGAAAAUCUGCUGCUUUGGUCACUCCGUUCAGCAGCAUGACAGGCAUAGCGCAUUCUGCUGAUUAUUUGCGCAUCGUUCGCAAAUUCCGAAACGCGACUAGCAGCAUACUCUUGAGGCUCCGCAUGAGAAGCGUUUUCAUUUUCAGCAUGCGGAUUUGCAUUACCGCUAUAGGUUGGGGACAUUUUUACAUUGGAUAGCCUUCGCGGUGGUUGCGUCCCUGGUCAUGUUCUAAGCGUGAUCGACAAGUGUCUUGGAGAAAAGAACGAAGAGGCUAUUGCGUGCGGAACAGAAAGUAAGUAAAGCCGGAAGGGUACAACGACCUAGUACGCGAUAGUCUUCGUUCAGAAUAAGAAAAUGGAUUUACAACUGCGACACAGCAAGAAAAACAGGGCUAUAGUUACGUACCAGACUGCGAUUGCAAUGCGAAUCAGACUAUUUCAGAUACUUGAACAUUCAGAUUUUCCCAAUUUUUUCUAUUCGAUUACCACUCUCACCGGUUCGUCGUGUAGACGCGACGCAGCAUUUUGUGAUACAGAAUCUGCGUCGCCCUACGGAACAACCCAUGUUUCAGCAUUUUUAUACUCCUUCGAAAAAAAAAACGACCAUCGUGGAGAAGCCUGCAUGACGCUUGAGCAGUAAUGUCCGUUGUCCUUGCGACAGGCAACUUCUUUAUGCUAGCUACCUAAAUUAUAAUUGUAUCAUCUCUGCCGCAACACAACUUCCUUGUCAUCGUUGCAGUGAUGCUCGAUUAUUACUGACGGCAGAUCUUUCCGAAAACACAUCUGUUGGCAAAACUGUUGAAACCGUAGCAAAAAUAUGUCUACAGGUAGAUGCAGUUUAUUCUACGUGCUCAACACAUCUGUUUCACGAUUGUAUUUCUGUUUCACUACCGCUAGCAGGAAGCAAUAUGCAAUUUUUACUGCGCACGUGAUUGUCCUCCGAUGUAGACAAUAUCCGUGCCCUUUUCAGCGUUCACGUACGGCUCCGCUUCUAUGGCCCUCCACGGGCUCGGUCGAUUUUCGAAGGUUGUUUUCUAUUUGACCCGCAGCUGCACUCAUGUGCGCCGAUUCUAGUACACCGUAGAACGUAGAUGUCAUUUUCCGCACACUUGUCCGUUGUUUGUCUAAUAUUCUUCACAUAUGCAGCACAAACUCCAGCAUUUCGUAAGAGUUUUCGCAUAGUUUUUUGCUAUAUCCGAAAAUUUGCUCGAAGCGCUCGCCGUCGUGGUUCUGACAUCCUUCUGCUUUUCUACAGGCUAGAUCUCGCAGCGAGUUCUCGCGGAGUUUAGUAGCAAAUCUGAGAUGCUGCAGCUUUUCCAAGGUUUUUCACCUUUCUGUACUUCCUGCCUGACGACAGAAGUCCAAGUAUCGAGCGCAGAAGAGAAGUAUCAGUGUCGGAAGAAAGCACUCAGAAUCUUUUUCCAGCGUUGCCGGCGCACAUCCCCGCGCGCUGAAGAAUCUUGUUGCAAAAGUGACUACUUUGGUUGAAAACUAGUUUCCCUUUCAGAGUCGCUUCUUGCUAAGCUAAAAAACAAAUUUUCCACGACGCUCAGUGGUCGGGUGUGUCUAAGCAUGACCAUGUGUCUUGUCUCAGCGAAAGUGAA